ACUGUAUAUCUAAAUAAUAUCACAGCUACGCGCAAACAGCAAAAUGUGCCGAAUUAAAGUAAACGCUACAAAUUAGAGCAAUUGUUUUAAAAGAAUUCAUCUUAAAUCCUCAUUAAUUUAUAUAUAAUUGUGGUGUUUUAUUUUUGACUUUUUAAAUAUUUUGUCCUUUUAUUUUGGCACGCUGAAGAAAAACAUGCCACUAAAUGUGUGUGUAUUGACACAGCACCACCCACCGCAAAGCUUCUGUAGCUGGCUCUGAUAAACGCAAGAAGUCCUUGGAGAACGUGCAAUAACAUUUAUUGUAAUAUUGACGAAUUAUAGUAAUUAUCACAAAAAAACGAAUUAUUACUAUUAUUCAUUGCCAAGUAAUCAAAUGUUUAUCUUUUUAUUAAAGUAAAAGGCAUUUCCAGUGUCUGAAAAGUAUCAUUAAUACCUACAGUAGCAGGCAUCAUGUUUGCUGAACAGAGUGAAUAUCCACUGCUAUGAAAUCUAAUAUUUCUAUUUGAUUUACCCGCUUAACACAGACAAGGUCUAAACCAUAUUAUAGUGUCUGCACGAACCCAGGGGACGUUCAAAUCCAGCUGAUGGGGAUUGUAUAGAUUCUCUCACCAGACAUGAUCUGGUGUCUGAAGCGAUGGGCAAACUCGAACGCCUAUUUUCAUGGUGGACACAAGCCGCACUAGUUAUUUUAUCAUCAAGCAUCGUCAAGAAAUUGAAAUACAAUGUAGCCUGUUAAAAUAUGACUCUAAUGUUCUCAGUGUUUCCUAAAUGAACACGUUAGGCAGGUGAGAUCACUUAGUGCCAGUCUUUGGAAUGAAUAUUCUGCCUGUUAAAAAGAUAGAAUCCAACACUGCAGAGGUUUUAGUCUUUUCACUGUCUACGGUAUGUGACACCACAUAAAGAUUCAGGGCCUCCAGGGAAAUCUCAGUGAGUAAAGGCCAAGUGCAGGAACGACUAUUGACCACGGCUGACCUUUAAACACUUAGGAGGCUUUGCUCACUUUUUACACAUGCGAGGAGUAAAAGAAACACAACACUCUGAUGUCUGAUAUCACCAGGUCCUCAAAGACUCAAGGUUUUAAUUAACUAAAUGAACUUUAACAAUAAAUAGGUAGAAAUCUCUCCUUAGUCAAGGUGUUGCCGGUCCUGCUGUGACUUUAGGUGACUGUAUGUUUGCUUUGUUCCCUCCUCCAACCUGUGGCAAGGAGGCAGCAGUAUCAGUCCUGCUACAAAGACUCCUUGUGCCUGACAUACUUAGUUCAGUCCAUGUCCAGACUAUCGGUCUUUGAGAGCUCCGCAGGCCGUGUCCGGGGUGUUUUUCCUAGCGAGGGCUCCCACCUAACACCCGGAUAGAACAAAAUGAACUGGGCCUUCCUUGAGGGUCUCCUCAGUGGAGUUAACAAGUACUCCACGGCGUUCGGCCGCAUCUGGCUCGCCAUCGUCUUCAUCUUCCGCCUUCUGGUGUUCCUGGUGGCCUGCGAGAAGGUGUGGGGCGACGAUCAGAAGGACUUCGACUGCAACACCCGCCAGCCCGGCUGCCACAACGUCUGCUACGACCACUACUUCCCGCUGUCCUACACCCGGCUCUGGGCUCUGCAGCUGAUCUUUGUCACCUGCCCGUCCCUCCUCGUGACCCUCCACGUAUCCUACAGGAAAGACCGCGAGCGCAAGUACCGGCUGAAGCACGGCGAGGACUGCGCCCCGCUGUACGAUAACACAGCGAAGAAGCGCGGGGGUCUCUGGUGGACGUACCUCUUCAGCCUGCUGUUCAAGAUAACAGUAGAUGCAGUUUUUAUCUUCCUGCUGUUCUACAUCUACGAGGCCACGUUCUUCCCUCCCGUAGUUAAAUGCAAUGAGAAGCCGUGUCCCAAUGUGGUGGACUGCUAUAUUGCCAGGCCCACAGAGAAGAAACUCUUCACUAUCUUCAUGGUGGUGACCAGCUUCGUGUGCAUCAUCCUCACCCUUUGUGAGGUCUUCUACCUGUGCGGGAAGCGGUUGAGGGAAUGCUGCAGAGGAAGCUUCAGCCCCGUGAGCGAGAACUCCUUCGUGCUGACCAGAACCCCUCUGAGCAGGAAGGAAGGCUGUGCCUGCAAGGAGUCCGGCUCAGAGAAGGCCAAGAUGGCCGCCGACUGUAACGGGGCAGAGACUGAGGGUUCAGCUCCACCGUACAGCAUAAGUGUCAGCUAGGACACAUCACGAGUUUGACUUGAGCUCAACUAAAACGUGGUUUUCCACAUUAUAUGCUACGUACAGCAGAUAUGAUUUAUGUGAUGUUCUUAUUCUGAUAUAUAUUAACACAAAUGUGCAGAAUGUCAUCAUUAAGCUGAGAAUUAAAGAUGUUAAUAAUAUUUUCUUAAAUACAGUUCAUGUGCUAAACAUUUUUUAUACAUGUACAGUAGGUGAUGAUUGGAAAAUGUUUCACAAUAAACAGAUGACAUGUCAAUUA